UCUCGAAACAAGCAUUUUUUAUUACAACACAUUUUAGACGAUUUUUGAACGAAAUUCUAAAAUUUCCGUUUAUAAGUUAGGUAAUAACGUUUGGAAAACAGACUCUAUAAUGGCCAAAGCCAUACCAGAUCGAUGGUUGAAUUACAAACCCAUUGGAGAGCGUGUUCCGGGUACUCGCUUUAUAGCAUUCAAGGUGCCGCUGCAUCAGCAUGUCAACGCCAGAGUGGAGGAGAAUCUCCGCCUGGCGCCCGAAUCCCUGCUGGAAUCUGUCCCCGAUCUGGGCCUCAUAAUCGAUCUGACCAACACGAACCGCUACUACCAUCCAAGUGCCCUGACCAGCCACGAUGUGCGUCACCAGAAGCUGAUGAUCCCCGGGAAACAGACGCCGCCACGACAGCUCUCCGAAAAAUUUUGUGGUUUUGUGGCCGACUUCCUUGAGAGCAAUGCGGAUAAUGAUAAACUAAUUGGAGUCCACUGCACGCACGGAGUAAAUCGAACUGGAUACCUGAUCUGCUACUUUAUGAUCUCCGUUAUGAAGAAAUCCCCCGAUGAGGCGAUAAAGAUCUUUUCUGCUGCCCGAGGACAUGAAAUCGAGCGACAGAAUUACUUGAACUCCUUGAAGACACUUCCGAAUCGACGUACGAACAAGGAGCGUUCAGCAUCAAAAGAAUCAAGUGUAGGGGUAACGGAAGAUUACAAGGACUAUGAGUCUAACAGUAGGCACCACUACAGUAAGAAAUAUGAAGAUUACCGCCGGCAAGAUGGGCAUUACCAAAGAGGAGGAAGCUAUUAUCAAAAAUCUAGCUACAACCACCAGAACUACGGACAUGCUGACAAAAGUGACUGGCGGAGCGAAAGUUCGAGAUCUUAUUCGACGGACCGCUACCAUUCAAGAGAUAAUCGCUGGAAUCAUCAGAGCUUCUAUAAAAACAGCAGAGAUCGCAGCGCAGAUUGGCGGAACUCGGGAAGAAAUUAUCCUAGAGAGGACGAUAGCCAUGAGGGUGGCUGGUCUUAUUCACGCAACUAUCGACAGGAUCGAGAGCAUCGCCAAGACCGGUUUCAAAGCAACAGAUCAGGAGGCGGCUAUCAGCAAAAAACGAGAGGCUAUCAACACAACCAUUAUCAAAAUUAUCAACGGGACGAUUCGAGAAGAUACAGCAGACGCAGCUACAACGAUGAAGGCUAGCUUCUUCUUCAUAGUUCCAUUUAACAAUUUUACUUUGUAGAAAAUCCCUAAACUAGAUUGUAAUAAAUUUCCAAUGGCACCUUGGGCAAAUUGUAAA